CAUUCAGUGGGAAAGGCUGGGAAGCCAGCAUCAAAUAGCCCAAGCCCCUGUGCACUGUGGAUUUAUGCUAUUCUUUCGUUACCUUUAAUUUAUUUCUGUCCCUCAAAAGAUUGCUCACUACCUGAGCCUUUGCAGCUCCGCAUCACCUGCUUGUCACAAUGCUGGGAAUGAGUGAGCUUGGAUAAACAAGUCUCCCUUUUGGAGGAAGAAAUGGCCAGGGUUGGGCUGUAAGGAAGAUUUUUGCUCUCUCUAUCUCUCUCUUUUUGCUGAGCUUCCAAGGAUAUCCUUUUCUUGGCAUCGUGAUCUCAAGGUGGAACCACUUCUUCCCUGUUUGUAUAUGGCAAAGUUUCUCGCAGAGCUUCUGGGCUGUACGUUGUCAGUCAAACGACACUCCCCCAUGUUUGAGUCCAGAAGCCAGCCCCACAUUAGCUUGAAGCAAAGCACCAAGCAGAAGACUACUCCUUUCAAUUCUUUGACCAAUGAGAAGUCCUUGUUUGACUACAAACGGGAAAGUAUGCCCCAGACGCCCCCCUUUGCCGCAAUGUUUGACAGCAGUGGCUACAACCGGAACUUGUACCAGUCAAGAGAGGACAGCUGUGAAGGAUUGUGUUACCAUGACAACAAUUUGCUGUCUGGAUCGUUGGAAGCCCUCAUCCAGCACUUAGUGCCCACCAUUGAUUACUACCCUGAUAGAACAUAUAUAUUUACCUUCCUGCUCAGCUCUCGCCUUUUUGUUCACCCUUAUGAGUUAAUGGCAAAAGUUUGCCGUCUGUGUACUGAGCAGCAGAGACUGGAUGAACCUGCUGCUGAUAAAAGCCGGUUACGUAAAAUUGCCCCCAAAAUCCUGCAGUUGUUAACGGAGUGGACAGAGACUUUUCCAUAUGAUUUCCGAGAUGAGCGAAUGAUGAGGAAUUUAAAAGAUCUGGCCCACCGGAUUGCCAGUGGAGAUGAGCAGAUGUACAGGAAAAAUGUACAGCAAAUUAUCCAGAGCCUCAUUCGUAAGCUGGCUUCUCUCAGCCAGUAUGAGGAGGUACUUGCAAAAAUCAAUGCAUCGUCAACUGACAGGCUGACAGUCCUGAAAACCAAACCUCAAGCCAUUCAGCGGGAUAUCAUCACCAUCUGCAGUGACCCCUACAUGUUAGCCCAACAGCUAACUCACAUAGAGCUAGAGAGACUUAAUUACAUUGGACCACAGGAAUUUGUCCAAGCAUUUGUACAAAAGGAUCCACUGGAUAAUGACAAGAGCUGCUAUGGUGAUCGGAAGAAGACACGUAACCUGGAAGCAUAUGUGGAAUGGUUCAACAGGCUCAGCUACUUGGUUGCCACAGAAAUAUGCAUGCCUGUGAAGAAAAAACACAGAGCAAGAAUGAUAGAGUACUUCAUUGAUGUGGCCCGGGAAUGCUUUAACAUUGGCAACUUCAACUCUUUAAUGGCCAUCAUUUCUGGAAUGAAUAUGAGUCCCGUCUCCAGACUAAAGAAAACCUGGUCAAAAGUCAAGACAGCCAAGUUUGACAUUCUUGAGCAUCAAAUGGACCCUUCCAGUAACUUCUACAAUUACCGCACAGCUCUACGUGGAGCGGCUCAGAGGUCUUUAACUGCUCACAGCAACAGAGAGAAGAUUGUGAUCCCCUUCUUCAGCCUGCUCAUCAAGGACAUCUACUUCCUCAACGAAGGCUGUGCCAACCGACUGCCCAAUGGGCAUGUCAAUUUUGAAAAAUUUUGGGAACUGGCUAAACAAGUGAGUGAGUUUAUGACAUGGAAACAAGUAGAGUGCCCUUUUGAAAGAGACCGGAAAAUACUUCAAUAUCUGCUCACCGUCCCAAUCUUCAGUGAGGAUGCACUUUAUUUGGCUUCCUAUGAGAGCGAAGGGCCUGAGAACCACAUUGAAAAGGACAGAUGGAAGACUCUCAGGUCAGUGUCCGAGGGCGCUGCCAUCCAUAAAUCAACAGACUGCAAACUUGCUCUGCCAUUAGACACCUUCAAAGCCAAGUGUCUUGCUGCAUGCCUCAACAGAUGAACACAGUGUCAACACUUUUGGGAAGAGUGUAACAUGAUUGGGUUCCUCCUCCUGUAGCCGCUGAGUUGGCACCAGAUCUUAUUAUUUGAUGGACUUUUAUCAAGGUCAUCUAUUUAUUUUCCCCUCCCUGCUUUUUGUGUAACCCUUCCCUUUUUGCACCAAGUGACGCUUUCAAGUAUUAGGACUCUGCAGCUGAUUUGGACAUGUCAGAACUUUGUACGAAGGCACAACUGCAAGCUAAUUCGAGAGUAAACAGGCCAGCCUCUCAAACUGGAUGAUCAGAUUAGAUCACAAGUUUGUGAUGUGUCAUUGAUGAAAGGCAGUAAUGAGGAAACUUCUUUGAAGCUCAAACUCCUCUUUGCAUCAUUUCCAAACACCUGGAUGGAUGGGGAUUCUGUGCCGCCACCGCCUUCUAGUUUUGCCCUGCUGCUCCUUUGAUGUGUUCCAACUUGCUGCUACUUGUGUACUGGAUUCUAGAGCAAACUUCCCCUUCUGAGGCUGGAUUUCCCACUUUGACUCUUUCAUACAUUGGGCCAGGAGAAGAAAACAUACCCUGUGCUCACAUUUCUAGGAUUUUUGGCUUUCUUCUUGAAAGGAAAAAAAGAGUUCACUAUGGAGUGAAAUGGGCUGCUAUGAUUUUUGUCUAUUUAUUGUGGGAAGGGGGUUAAUUAUUUUUUCCUUCAGUUUAUAUUUUGGUUGAGUUGGUUGCUGGUCAGCAAACUCGUAUGGUGUAUUAUUUGAAAAAAAAAAGCAAUUGAAACCAGUGCUGUGAUAGGAAAAGCAGACACUAGAAGGAUAUGUAGCAAAUGUAGCUAGGCUAUAGAAAUGUCUCUGCCCCCGUUUACUAUUAUGCUAUCUUUGUUUUGCUUUGGUUUGUUUAAAAGCCACAUCUAUAUUAAAAACUUAAAUCCAGUGUGGAAUUGGUUUAACUUCCUGGCUUUCUCUAAAUCAGCUUGGGACCCCUUUUUAUGGUAUUAAUAAAAGAGGUUCACAAUUUUGGUUUAUUCCAGUGGGCAACUAUAACCUGAUUUCUGUAGGUUUCUCCUGACUUGAGGAGACCCAUUGAAUCAGUUGCUGAAUUAAUGGUCAAGACUUAUAUAAAGUCCAUUGAUUCAAUAGUCUAACUCAGGCAAGAGCAAACUUUGGUUCCUCAAGUGUUCCUCAAGAGCAAACUUUGGUUCCUUCAAAACACUUGAAGAACUGAAGUUGGCCCAUACCUGGUGUAACAAUAGUUAGCACUAUGAAUAUAAUAUAUGCCCACAAUAGGUUUGAAGCCGGAUUAAAAUUGUAGUAUAGAUAUUGCAAAAAUGUUCUUUUGGUGUUUCACCAAUACUUCAGUAUUGGUUGAACACUUGGGUUUUUUCCCCUACUUUAGACACCACAGCUUGGAUUGUGGUAGAUAUGAAUAUAAAUUUUGCUUUCAUUGAGUUUUUAAAAAGCUCUCUGAAAAGAAUGGCUGUUGUAACAUAUGUGAUCCAGUAAAAACCUACAGGAAAUAGUAACAUCCUAUGGACAAAAAGAAGUUUUAUUCUUCAGCUAAACCAGUGCUGUGAAAUGGAAACAGCGAUUGCUUCCUUUUUUGUUGUUGUUUCAGGAGUCUUUUAAAAAUAUAUAUACUAUGAAACAGGUCACAUUGUUAGACAUCCUGUGAAAUCUUUGAUAGCUCUGAAUGCGUAGAUACUAUAAUUUCUCCCCCUAGGAAAGUCUAGAAAAUGAAACAGGCCCUUGAGCAUUAGGCAGCCAGUGAAAAUCAUAUUCUAAACAAAGGGACUUGUAUGUAACCAGUGCCAAUGUUCAAAAAUGAAAAUAAAAUUCAAACAUGUAA